AUGUUGAAAAUACUGCUUCUGUCCACUUGUAUGUGUGUUGGUACAUCGAAUGCAAUUCUUUACGAUUGUUUCACUGGGAAACCUAUCAAUAGGACACUGUUGAAGGUCUAUGAAGAGAGGAACAAUGUAGGAAACUGCACGGUGGAGAUAGAGCCUUGUGACCCCAAUGAAUGGAGAAGAGUGGACGGCUCAUGUGUUAACUUGAAGCACCCGAGUAGAGGAACUCAGCGCACUCCUUUAUACAGAGUACUUCCACCAGUAUUUAGCGUUGACUAUGAACCAAGAAAAGCAGUCAGUGGUGCGUCCUUACCUUUACCAAGGAGACUGAGAACGGAACUCUUGUUGAUGGGCCAAACUACUGACUUGAAGAUAACGCAGCUGUUCUCAUACUACAUCUUGUUCAUGAUCUCUGACGUUCUAUCUUCUCAUGACAUAAUCAAUUAUCUUCAAAAUAUAACUACAUGCUGCACUCCAGAAGGCAAGAAGGAUUACAGAUGCACUCCAAUCGAGGUGCCAGUCAAUGAUCCCGUGCAUAGAUACUCCGGUGUCAGGUGUUUGAACCUCACCAGACCUCAAAGCUUCCAGACGUAUAGGUGUCUGGAUAACGGAACUACUUUCGAACGGAUCGUAUUUCAAACUCCUCUUUUCGAUCUUUCGCACAUAUACGAAUACAGACCGGGAUUCAUUAAUCAACUUAGAACAUUUGAGAACGGUUUAAUGAAAAUUGAAGAAGAUGAUGGAGAAUUAUUUCCUCCAAGUGAUCCGGAUUCCCACUACUGCUAUCAGAAUCAACUUCCUAGAGAAACACGCUGUCAUAAGUACCGAAAGAAGAAUAUGAUCAGAGAAGGUCUUAUCGGUCGUGGAGGAUUCAGGGACUUGUACGAUGAAAACGUUGAACCGAGGAUGUCAGACGAGUAUUUUUAUGGAAUGAGAUGGUUUCACAUGAUACAGAAGACGAACAUGAAACUGUACGAUAAAGAUGGGCAUUAUGUUAGAUCAUUUCCAAUGGUUAACGGUACUGCUCGAACAGGAUUUUUUGCUGUCGAUAACAACAUGCAACACAUUAUACAAGGCAGCUUCAGACAAUUAGGUGGCAAACCUGGUUGGACCAUUGAUUAUGAUCACCUCAAUCGCCUAAUAGAGGUUUACGAAGAUCCUAAAGACGUUGAACUCAUGGCAGCCUUGUGGCUAGAGAAACCCGUCAAAGGUGGGAACAUUCCAGAAACUUUGUACUGCUUGCUAACGGAGCAGUAUAAACGAACUAUUAAGUCUGAUAGACAUUGGUAUGAGAGACCAAACAGGCCUCAUGCCUUCACUAAAGCUGACCAAAUCUCGAGAGAGUUGCCAACAGCCUUCAUCCAUAUCGAUCGCUUGAGUCGCAGAUUGAGUUCAAGUGAGCAGCAUGCUAAUGUUGAAUACUCUUCAAACUUUACCUGCCAAGCUAAGGACGAAACUUGA